UACAUUUUACCACCUGGUGCCACGUUAGUGUUAACAGACCACGUCGACCAGUUUAGCUGCAUACAGUACUGCGCCCUUAGGCAUUUUGCACCUUUGCUUCUUAUCAUGGCUAACGAUCCAGCUUCCAAAUCACUUGAAACAGCAACAUUAUCUGGAGACGACUACAAAACAGAUUUCGACCCCAAAAUCUUUUUGGAGAAUUAUCACAGGGAUGAAAGCCGAUUCAUCAACAAGUUGUUAGAGAUGUUUCAUGGGCUCACAGCUGCGGCAGGAAUUCGUGAUGGUAGCAGACUCCUUGAUGUAGGGUCUGGCCCGAGUAUCUAUUCUGUCAUUUCCGCUGGAAGUCGAUGUUCAGAGAUCGUCUGCUCAGAUUAUGGAACUCAAAAUCUGGAUGAAAUCCUAAAAUGGGUGAAUGGUGACCCUGAUGCCCACAACUGGCAACAAUGCUUCGAAUACGUGUGCUCACUAGAAGGAAAAAGCGAUGAAUGGAAACUCAGACAAGACCACAUCCGGCAAGCAAUCAAACUGGCCGUACCAUGUGAUGUUCACCAAGACAACCCAUUGGCUCCGUUGGUCUUGGAACCCUUCGACGUCAUCACAUCCAGCCUCUGUUUCGAUGCAGCGUGUUGUGACGAAUCAUCAUUCAGGAGUGCUGUUAAACACGUGAUCUCACUUCUCAAGCCUGGGGGAACAUUCUUCAUGGCCGGGGUUAAUGGUGGAACGUUCUACUAUGUCGGUAACAAGAGGUUCAACGCCUUGCCAUUAACCGACGAGAUAAUCGAAAGUGCUUUUGCUGAUGUUGGCCUGACCAAUUUACGUUGGCACAGUGUGACUAGUGACAUUGAGAAAUAUACCUUUGAGGGCAUCCCAGCUGAUUUUUCUGAAGUGUUUGCGGUCAGUGCAACGCGAAUCAGUGGAUGAUUCGCGAACCGUGAAUCUCACACUGAAGUCCAGCCACUAGCUAUAAACAUGGUCCUCCUAUAUGGAUCGUACAAUGUAGAUGGACAUCUAGCUGACAGCUCCUCAACGUAACGAGGCUAUGUAUGGUUUUCAAACUUUUUCAUUUCUGGUUCUAGCGUUUCUUGUAUUAAAUUCUGAUUUCUUUCUUAAUCAGUUUUGGUGAGUGAAACAUACCCUCCUUUUGGAAAGCUAUUCAUUUUAUGUUUGAAGGCAAAUUCUACGGUGGCUGUAAAAGGCCACGCAAAAUCUUUUUUUAGAAUGCCCGAAUUUAUUUUUUAUAACUCGAGCGCUCGACUUAUAUCUCGAGCGCUCGACUUACGUAAAGGUCACGCAAAAUCUUUUUUAGAAUGCCCGAGUUUAUUUUUCAUAACUCGAGCGCUCGAGUUAUCAUAACGACCAGACGGAUGAUGACGUAUUUCAAUUAGGUAAGACUAUACCACAAACUUCUCUGCUAAAACGCACCGAAUUUCAAGUUGGGUGAGACCGAGAUUGAAGAGAUCAACAACGAUGGACUGCAUCUUGAUACAGCCUCAUUAUGAUAACUCGAGCGCUCGAGUUAUGAAAAAUAAACUAAAAAAGAUUUUGCGUGACCUUUACGUAAGUCGAGCGCUUGAGAUAUAAGUCGAGCGCUCGAGAUAUAAGUCGAGCGCUCGAGUUAUAAAAAAUAAAUUCGGGCAUUCUAAAAAAUAUUUCGCGUGGCCUUUUACAGCCACCGUAAAAUUCAGUAACGUGAGCCGUCAAAUUGUCGGCCGAUAGCUGUCAUUGUGAUAUCAUGAGCAACGAAGCAUGAGUAGGUUUUGCAAUACACACGCAUUGCAUUAGCGCAAUACAGUACAACCUCUCUAUUGCGGACACCCAUGGGACUGGGCGUUGGUGUUCGUAAUGUCGAGGUGACCAUCGGCCGAUAGCUGUCAUUGUGGUAUCAUGAGCAACGUAUCAUGAGUAGGUUUUGCAAUACCCACGCAUUGCAUUAGCGCAAAGUACACUACAGUAAAACCUCUCUAUUGCGGACACCCAUGGGACUGGGCGGUGGUGUCCGUAAUGUAGAGGUGACCUUAAUAGGGAGGUUAUACCUUUAUUAAACUACAAAUCAAGCUUUAUUCUUUGCAAUUAGAGCACAAGAGGACAAACCACUCAAUGGACUGCAAUUAAUGUUAGAAUAUACAGUAGCUUGACAAUGUGGUGCACAGUGAAGAUAAUUAAUCGAAACAUUCGGUUUUAAUUAGGAGAGCAACGGACAUUAAAUUCACUCCACCCUGUAAUUAACUGAACACAGUGUCUAAUUAUGUUCGUCAAAUACCCAAACUUCACACCCGUUAGGUCUAAUUGACUACCAAAGUGAACACUGCAAGUCAUUGUUUUUGUUUGCUCUCCGUAAUUGUGAGGUGAUUGGUCCAAAAAGUCACCAUGGCCGUGCCCGCAAUUCGGAGUAGAGAGGUGUCCGCCCUAUAGAGGUUUUGGUAAAAGCAAAUGACUUUGAAAAAAUCGGGACUGAACGAACAUGUCCGUGCUGCGGAGGUGUCUGCAAGGGGAGGUUCUACUGUAUUCAUAUUUACUAGCAAAUACCCAUGCUCCGCACGAUGUUGAGGCGAGUGAUAUGUUGUGAAUUUGGGUGUGGCCAUGUAGGGCUUACGCUAGUCAGUUGAAGAGUCAUUGUCUGUGGAGGGUAUGUUGAGCUGAAUUGUCUUAGGAAGUGAUGUAUGCAUUUAGUUUGUUAUAGGAUUUCUUUAAAUACUA